CAUGGUUAUAAUGUGCGUUGACUGUGCAGGAGCGUAGGGCCACUAAGUUCUCCGUAAGUGCUAAUAGCCGCCGUCGCCGCGGGCAUGGAGGAGCCGGACCUGUACGACGACAUCCUGAGCGGCAACCUGUCGCCGGGCCGCGAGUCCUGCGUGGAGGCGCUGCUGGAGCUGGGCCUGCACCGGCGCGUGCUGCGGCUACCGGUCAGCGGCUGCCCGCUGCAGGCGGUUCGACGCGCUGUCGAAGAGCUGCUGGUGCGCGACGCCGGCUUGCGCGCCGCCGUUGCCGGCGGACGGCUCGUCUUCCAGCGGCGCAGCGGCAAGUUCGACUCCUGGGUGGACCUUGAGCAGGGCGAGCGGCGCCCGCUGCUUGACGGGGAACGGCUGCGCGCGCUCGUCCAACAGUAG